AAUAAGUCAGGUCUUUAUCAUGUGUAUGUGUUUGAAAUUGCCGGCAAGUUAGUUUAUAGCUUGAAGUUUCGAAAUAUUUUUUGCAUACGUAGCCAGAAAAGUUUAACUAGUUAAUUAGUUAUAACGUAUUUUACUAAUAACAUCGGUAAAUUUUUAUUUCUUAUUUCAAGAAAAGAAAAAUGGCUGCUUCCAGUAUCCCUAAUCCGUCGACCUUGUUACCGUUGGAACUCAUAGAUAAAUGUAUUGGUUCCAAAAUACAUAUUAUCAUGAAAAAUGAUAUUGAAAUUGUGGGAACGUUGCUUGGAUUUGAUGACUUCGUGAAUAUGGUUUUAGAGGAUGUAACGGAAUAUGAAAGCACGCCUGAAGGAAGAAGGAUAACGAAACUUGAUCAAAUAUUAUUGAAUGGAAACAACAUUACUAUGAUGGUACCUGGUGGUGAGAUGCCUGAAAUAUAAGUCAUAUUCAGCACUGUAAAAACAGUUACCUGAUUCAUUCUUCAUCAUUGUAAAAAAUGACCCCAAUUUAUCUGUGAUUCAAACUGAGUCAUUAAAAUUUUUCAUUAUGUUUCUAAAA